ACGAUAAUUAAGAGUAACUAUGGAUGGAUGGGAUAAUGAUGAUCACAAAUAUUAUUAUUAUUAUUAUCAUUAUUAUAGUUCUCCUCCUCCUCCUCUCAUCAUCACCAUCACCAUCACCAUCACCACCACCAUCAUCAUCAUCAUCAUCGUCGUUACUACAAUUAUCGUUGUUAUUAUCAUCAUUACCACAAUUGUUAACUUAACAUCUUUAAUAACAGAAACCGUAACAAUUACAAUGACUAUGAUGCUAAAUGGAAAGAUGGUGAAUAAGAACAGUGGCGAUAGUGAUGAUGAUAAUAAUAGUAAUAAUAACAGUAACAGUGCUGAUGAAGAUGAAGAUGAAGAUGAAGAUGAAGAUGAAGAUGAAGAUGAAGAUGAAGAUGAAGAUGAAGAUGAUGACGACGAUAAUAUAAACAAAAAUUAAAACGAGUAAUUAAUAACAAGAAACACUAAUAACAUCAACACAAAUGAUUGUGAUUGUCCAAGUGAGAGGGAUGUUUUGAAGGCGAAGUAAUUAUUUUGUUUUCGUUUCUCCUUUCGGUAAAACUAAUUUGUUUUUGGGAUAAUAGCCUCGAAGUAAUUGCCAUCGGGUGCUCUCUCUUCUGGAAAUUGCUAUUGUAAAAGCUAUUAGGAUUAAUUUAUUUUUAAAUUUCAUUAAGUUCAAUUAUCGUGGUAAAUUUAACGAAUUAAUUUGUUCAUUUAUUUACGCUAAACAUUAUUGGGGAUUUUAUCAUAUAGACUAUUAGAAAAAAGGAAGUUGAAAUCCUUUUAUAACUGGUAAGUGAGAUCGAACAAAGAAAUCUAAGGCGCGCAAGUGUCACCUUGAUGCUGUAAAAACGCUCCGUCACACACGAACAUGAAGGUCCUUUUUCCCUUUUAUGUAUUCUCCUCGUGCUCGCUUCCCAUUUUCUAUUUUAUACACGUAAAACAUUUUCAAAUCCUAUCCUUGAUCCUAUUUCCUCUACCCCUCACCGCAUGAUUCCAUUGAAUUACACGUUACGCUAGCGCACAAAUAGCGCUUACGGUGAAGUGUCAGGAACAAAGCCGGUCGAUUUGUGGUUUCGGUGCCGUUCCGGGUUUGGAGCCGAAGCCUAUCCGGCUGUAAUUUGGAGAGAGAUCUAUGCCUAACGCGUGUGGUACUAAAGAAAAACCAGAGCAUAGCAACAGGAAUGUGGGCUUAGUGCUGGUUGGCUUGACCGGAGGAGCAGCCAUUGGUCUCAGUAUUAUUGCCGCUCCUUUUGUUGCACCUGCACUGAGAAAGGUGUGUCUUCCUUAUGUCCCAGCUACCACCCAACAAGUCAGUAAUGUCCUGCGAGCCCUUAAAGGUCGAACUGGAACUCUGGUAGAUCUUGGCAGUGGAGAUGGUCGUAUAGUUGUUGCUGCAGCCAAAGCAGCCAAAUUAUCUGGUGUUGGAGUAGAACUUAACCCAUGGCUAGUGUGGUAUUCACGCUGGCUUGCCUGGAGGAAAGGCGUCUCAUCCUCAACUUCAUUCAUGACACAUGACCUCUGGAAGCUAAACUUACAGCAGUAUAAGAAUGUUGUGAUCUUUGGCAUUGAGGAAAUGAUGCCAGAUUUAGAGACAAAGUUAUUCCAAGAGCUGACUGCUGAUGGAUGUGUGGUUGCCUGCCGGUUUCCAUUACCUAACUGGCAGCCAGUAGCAACAUUUGGAGAAGGCAUUGAUACUGUGUGGCUCUACAGAAAACCCAGCAAAAAUGCAGUUGACAAGAGAAAAGAUAAUGAAAGUUUUGUUGAUAAUAGAUAAGAACUGCUGUGUUUAAAAUGUAUGUGAAUUAUUGUAAAUAAUUUUAUAACAAUAGAAGACACUGUUUAC